UAAGCUAAUAUGUCGCAUCUAAUUGCAACAGCUUAAAUUUCAAUUAAUCAUAUACCAAGCAACUACUAACUAAAUUGAAUUAUUGCAUGUUAUUUUAUUGCAUAAUCUAGGAUUGUUCAACGUGAAUUAUAGUACGUGGAGAGCUAAAGAUCGGACGAUCUCAAUCACUUCAGCCGUCUUCCAAAUAAUAGUCGUCCACGCUACUCGGCUGUAGGCUCUCCACCCCCAAUCACAGAAUCAUGCUCGUUUCCCUCUGAAAAAAUCGAAACAGAAACAAAGGAAAAAACCCAACUCCAAAAUGAACAGAGGCAAAUCCAUUUCCUUCUUCCACUUGUUUUUUCUCCUCUCUCUUUUGGUCACCCAUCUCUGUUUCUUUCAUGUCCUCGCCGAUUCUCACUUCGAAGGAUUCGACGCCGAAGACGAUGACGCUGUUGAAGAAGAACCCUUGGACCACCACUCCAUCCGAUCCUCUCCUGUAACUCAGUCCAACUCACAGCCCACCCCAGAUCCUGAAACCCAAACCAAUCCCGAUUCGAACCCUGUUCCCACUUCGGAUCCUCCUUCCCAAUCGGAUCUUCAAAAGCCAUCGACUACCACUUUUGAGUACUGGGACGAGGACGAAUUUGAGGGCUUACCCGUCGAACAACCGCCACCGGAUCUUCCGAAAGUUACUGAAAAUACCACUCCCAAUGACCCAGAUCCAAAAACAACCUCGAAACCCCAAAGCGCUACGGUUUCGAAGAAGUCAUUUGCGGUGGAGAUUAUCUGUGGGUCUUUUUUGCUUGUUUUCCUAAUCAAUUACUUCACCGGUAAACGUGAAAACGAGAACCUUGCGUUGGCAUGGGCAGCCAAAUUUGCAACAAAAGGUUCGAUCUUUGAGAAAAAUUUCAGUCUUUUGGGUGUGGGAGAAGGGGAGGACUCGCCCUUACUGUUAAAAGAAGGGCAAAACAUGUUCAAAUUCUAUGGGAGUGGACGAAGAUACUGCCAGGGAUUGUUGGCAACGAUGGAGUUGAAGAGCAGGCAUGAUUUGAUAUCGAGAUUGUUUAAUUUGGUGGUGCCGUGUAAGGAUGAGAUUACUUUUGAGGUUUAUAUGAAUGACGAAGCGAUGGACCAGGUGGUUUUUGCGGUGGCAAAGAAGAAGGCAGCUAAAGGGAUGCAAAAGGAGGUUAGAGAUUUGCAGAGGUUUGCUGGCUUGGUGGCGAAUCCUAGUGGAAGGAAAUGGGUGGUGGAUGAACUCUCCGUGAUCUCUGAAUCGAAGGAGGUUGCUGGGGAUUUGAUUACGGAGGCUGUGCUUGAGCAGGUUUUUGGUGACAAAGCUUUUGAGAAAUAUGGAAAGGGUUUCAUUUCGAUGCAUUUUUCAGAUCAACAUCCUGGCACACACAAGAAGAUGCUCUUGUUUAAGUUUGCCCUUCCUGAUGCCAACCACAUGGCUGACAUGACUCGCUUGGUGGCUCUUGUACCAUACUACAUUGAUCUAAUUGGGCGGUACAAGCUCAGCUCACAGGCUCGAUCCAAAACUGAAGCAGCAAGAGUUAAGGCUGCUCAAGAGGCGUACAAAGAACUUCAAAAUGCUAGGCAAGAAGCCUUGCAGAAAAAGAAGGCAGAGAGGAAAAAAAUGUUAGAGGAGGCCGAGGCAAAGCUUAGUGCAGCAGCGAUUCGCAAAAAAGAAGCAAAAGAUCGUGCUCGUCAGAUGAAGGCGGCAAUGCCAAGAAUGAAGAUGACCCGUGCAAAUUAGAUGCUUUUGAAUUUCAUUAGGCGCUCCGCUGGACAUUAGUAGCAUUAAUCCUUACUGUCAUUGGGUCUUCUGUGCAUCUACAGGCUAUUAGUUUCUCGGUUUCUGUAUCCUCAUUGCGAAGGUAUUUUAGUUCUCAUUACAUUACCUUGGCUACUGUCCAACAUCACCACAUGGUUGUGGGCUUUGAAUGUAACUGAAGUCAGUGCCUAAGAAACUUCGUAAACUCUCCUCCAUGGAUGACAUUUCAUCAUUGUUUGGAACAAAUUUCCAAGUAAUGAUUUUGAUGUUCUAAUUA